UUCUUGCACAAUGCGUCUAACUUCACGGCUAACUAAAAACAAAAAGAGAACGUUAGUUUCUAUGUCAUGACUUUAGCUCAGAGAUGUGUUUUCCGACACCAUGAUGCGGCGUUACAUGCGUGCGCUGCUCCUGUGCACGGUGUUCGCGGUGUUUUCGGGACUCUACGCUUAUAGUAAGGUGUUUCACACGGACGGAAGAAGCGGAGCGAGGAGGGCUUUCAUCCCACAGAGAGACACCGGCGCCAGGCGAGGAGUGCGGCCACAAAAACCCCACUGGUACAAUAGAUAUAUCAUGCGUCAGAGGGGUCAGGUGGAAGGUGCUGGUAACAGUGUUGGGGUCAGAUCUGAGCCCACCAUGCACCUGGCUGUGGUGGCCUGCGGGGAGCGACUGGACGAGACCCUCACUAUGAUCAAAUCUGCGGUGCUUUUCAGCAUCAAGCGCCUUCAUCUGCACAUCUUUGCUGAAGAUCAGCUUCAUGCCAACUUUAUGGAAGCUUUGGAGUCAUGGCCAGAUGCUUUCCGCUCCCGGUUCAACUACACCGUUUACUCCAUCAGUUUCCCCAGUGAGAACGCGGGCGAGUGGAAGAAGCUCUUCAAACCCUGUGCUUCUCAGAGACUCUUCCUCCCCCUGAUCUUAAAGGACGUCGACUCUGUUGUGUACGUCGACUCCGACAUCCUCUUCCUUCAGCCUGUAGACGACAUCUGGGCCUUCCUGUCCCGAUUUAAUCCCUCCCAGCUGGCAGCCAUGUCCCCAGAGCACGAGGAGCCCCGCAUCGCCUGGUACAGCCGCUUUGCCCGCCACCCCUUCUAUGGCAGGACGGGUAUCAACUCUGGGGUCAUGCUCAUGAACAUGACGAGAAUGAGGAGCACCUUUUUCAAGAAUGAUAUGACCCCGGUGGGACUGCGCUGGGAAGAGCUGCUGAUGCCGCUGCUUCAAAAGUACAAACUGAAUAUCACCUGGGGAGACCAGGACCUUCUCAAUAUUAUUUUUCACCAUAAUCCAGAGUUUCUGCUGGAGUUUCCAUGCAAGUGGAACUAUCGCCCAGAUCAUUGCAUCUAUGGCAGUAACUGUGCCUCAGCUGAGGAGGAUGGCAUCUACGUCUUGCAUGGAAACAGAGGGGUUUACCAUGACUACAAGCAACCUGCUUUCAGAGCCGUUUACGAUGCAAUAAAAAAGUAUUCUUUUGGCUCAGACCCGGUCGCUUCUUUACUGAAACCUUUGAAGGAGGAUCUGCUGAAUACGACCAACACCUACUGCGGCAAAUCCCAUUCACUCUUCACCAAGAGACUAGCACUUAGUCUGGCAAACAUACACAGGAAACCUCCACGUGGAAAGUGAUGUCUACUGUUAAACCGAACUUGUAAGAAAGUAUUUUAAUGAGCCAACAGAACUGUGGAACCACACUACUUUGAGAUUAUAGGCAAUGAUGGUGUAAAGAUUUGAGGUUCUGUCGGAGAACAGCUGCUUGGAGCUCAAAACGCCAGCUGGGAUCGUUCACACUUGUAAAUCUCUUAGGUUGAGAGCAUGAUGUAAAAACCCUGAAACCAGAGUGCUCAGCUAAAAAGGCAUAUGCUACAGGUGCAUAAAUCCCCCCCCCGCCUUUUUAAAUCAAGGAUGUUUUUUAGUGAAAAACGAACAUCUCCAAAUGUGUUCUUUGUGGAAGGACGCCUCUUCCAUGGAGAAAAUAAGAGAUCUUGAUGAGCUUUUAGUUCUGAUUCUGAAUAAAAGAAGCCGGGAGGAAGAAAAGCACUGGAAUUUCCAUAUUGGAGAAUUUAUUUAACUUUUAUUAAAAGGAGGUUGUAACCACAUAAGGAGUGGAUAAAAGGUUUUUCAAAUAUUUGUGCAAUGGACUGCUUUUUUACAGCUUUCAAACGUGGUAGAACUAUGGAUGUCCUUACUCCAGUUAUUGUCUCUGAGUCCAGAUCAAGAGUUUUUUUAGAUGAUAAAGAUCAGUGAUAACAUUAUAUGUAUUAUUGCUUUUGUUUUUCUGUUUCUAUAUGCACGGCUAAAGUGCAUUUCCCAGUGUUAAUCAUUUAAGGUUUAGUUGUUUGGCCUCACCAUCUGGCUCAAAACAAUUGAUUAAGUCAAGCAGAAAGUGGUGGAAACAUCUCUGUUACAAUUUAUGACGCUUAAAACAAAGUAUUAAGUUUACACAGUAUUUAACCUCUUUAUGCUCUGUCUGCGUACAAAUAACUGGAUUAUGGCACAGUAUACCAUUAAGUCAUAUCAAAACUCACUUUAGCAAAUUGAUGUACAUUAAAAAAAGUAUUCAGCAGGAUAAAAAAAGAAUGAAUUUCUUAAGGAGUGUAGCUUUGUUGAAUCUAUGGAAGAGGAUAAGGGCCACUGGAAAAAAAAA